UCUUUCACUCUAACACUAUAUUUAUAGUGGGGGUAUAACCCCAUUAAUCCUACUCUUUGGCACUUCACUCUUGUCUAUUCUCCCAAUACGGCAAUACCCAAGCCAUGUCUAUGGUAGAGGUAAGAGUUCCAAACUUGGAUUGCCAAGGCUGUGCUUCUAAGCUCAAGAAAGCUCUUCUUAAGCUCAAAGGAGUUGAAGAAAUAGAAAUCGAAAUGGAGGUGCAAAAAAUAGUGGUUAGAGGUUAUGCUUUGGACGAAAAGAAGGUGCUUAAAGCCAUAAAACGUGCUGGCAAGGCCGCCGAGCCAUGGCCUUACCCUGGUCACUCUCAUUUUGCUUCGUUCUACAAGUACCCGGCUCACAUAGCCAAUGAAUACUAUCAUGCCAACCAAUACCAUCAUGAGACGUCAUCAAACAAAGAUUUGUCACGCCACAAUCUUCACGCUUUCUUUCACACACCAUCUGUUUACUCUGUCGCGGUUGCAUCUGAUGAAGUCGUGGCCUCACUCUUUAGUGACGAUAACCCUCACGCGUGCACGAUCAUGUAAUACAAAAUAUUUUGAAAUUUUGGAAGUUUUAUCGUGGAUAUGUUUAUUGAUGUAUCUGAAUCAUUUAUUGAUUUUGUAUUUGUAAACAUAUGAAAUGUGAUGGUUGUUUUUCGUCGAAAACAAUAAUAACAUCAUCAUAAAUAUUCUUAUAUUAAAUGCUCUAAGAAAAUAGUACCCCCAUAUAUAUUAAAUUUAA